AUGAAAGGAAAACGUGCAUCAGGUAUUUUAUUACAUAUAACUAGUUUACCAGGACCAUAUGGAAUUGGUGAUUUUGGUGAUGAAGCAUAUAGUUUUGUUAAAAUGCUUCAUGAAACCGAUCAAAAAGUAUGGCAAAUAUUACCAUUAACACCAACAGAAAAUUGUUCACCAUAUUCUGGUACAUCAGCAUUUGCUGGUCAUCCAUUACUUAUUAGUCUUGAUAAAUUAGUUGAAAUAAAUUUAUUAUCAAGAGAUGAUUUUGAUGAAUUAUCAUCAUUUCAAUUUGAUGAUCGUUAUGUAAAAUUUAAUCAAGUUACAAAAUUUAAAACACUAAUGUUAAAAAAAGCAUUUAAAAAUUUUCAAGAACGAAAACAUCGUUUUAAAGAAUCCUUAGAAGAAUUUAUUCAAUCAGAAAAUUAUUGGCUUGAUGAUUAUGCAUUAUAUAUGACAAUUAAAGAAUUACAAAAUAAUCCAAUAUGGUCACAAUGGCCACAUGGAUUAAAAUAUCAUGAAACAGAAGCAUUAAAUGAAAUACGUGAAGGACAACGAGAUUUAUAUGAAUAUUAUAUUUUUACUCAAUAUAUAUUUCAACAACAAUGGUCUGAAUUAAAAAUAUUUGCAAAUUCAUAUGGUGUUACAAUUAUUGGUGAUAUGCCUGUUUAUGUUGAUUAUGGUUCAUCUGAUGUAUGGGCAAGUACACAUCUUUUUCAAUUAGAUAAAGAUACAUUAUUACCAUCAGUUGUUUCAGGUUUUCCACCAGAUGAUUGUAGUGCAGAAGGUCAAAACUGGAAUAUGCCUAUUUAUGAUUGGAACAAUGAAUCAAAAAAACCUCAAGUAUUUAAUUGGUGGAUAAAACGUUUAAAAAAAGCAUUACAUAUUCUUGAUAUUGUACGAAUUGAUCAUUUUCGUGGUUUAGAAUCAUAUUGGUCAAUACCUGUAGAUGAAAAUUUUGUUCCUAUGAAACCAAUAGAUGGUGAAUGGGUAAAAGCAGCAGGUGUUGAGUUUUUCCAUGCUCUUAUCAGUGCAUUAGGAAAAGAUUUACCUCUUAUUGUUGAAGAUCUUGGUAGUUUAACAACAGAAACAUUUGAUUUACGUGAUCAAUUUAAUUUAACUGGUAUACGAAUAGUUCAGUUUGGUUUCGGUUUUUAUCCAGAUAAUAUGUAUCGUCCACAUAAUUAUAUACAAAAUUCUGUUGCAUAUACGGGUACACAUGAUAAUCCAACAGCAAUUGGUUGGUGGACAAAACAUGCAGAACAUUAUGAAAAGAAAACAUUUGUAACUUAUAUUAGAUCACCAGAACAGCUUGAUGAAUGUUGUAAUGAGGAUGAUAGAGAUAAUGGUAUGAUACAUUUUUUGAAUGGACAGAUUCAUUGGUAUUUAAUAAAAAUGGUUAUGGGAUCAGUAGCUAAUAUUGCUAUUGUUCAAUUGCAAGAUUUACUCGGUUUAGAUGAUGAAGCAAGAAUGAAUGAUCCAUCAUUAUCAUCAGAUGCAGGUAGUGAUAGUCAACAAAAUUGGACUUGGCGAUAUCAAUGGCCAAUGAUACAAGACCAUAUGAAAUAUAAACUAAAACUCUAUACACGUAUGUUUUAUCGAGCAGGUGAAAUUAAGAAAUAG